UUAUCUGCGCAACGUGACGAUAAAGUAGCGGCUCGUACACGAUAAGGAACUGGCUCUGACCGAUUAAUCGAGCGAUUUCGAGUUCGUUAGUGCGAUCACGGGAACUGGACCUACGGGAAGUGCGAGCGCUCAAUUCCGUUGAUCGGGUUUCGGAUUCGGUUGAAAAGUGAGAAUACCGUGUUUCCUUUCGCGCUUGUUGUGUGUGUAAGAGACCGUGUUUGUGCGUGUGAGUGUGCUGGAGUGAAGUGGCCGUUGAAGUGCUAAGGGGAUAGAAACGAUACGAGGAAGAAUAGAAGGUUACUGACCGAGGGAACCGUGGAGAACCAGAGUGAUAUUUAGGAGAAAUGGGACUGGCCGAAAGGGAAGCCGAAAUGCAGGAGUUAGAAACGUCACGACCUGGUAGAUCGCGAGAUCUCUUCGGUGUGCAGCUCGAGGUUACUUCUCUGCUUUUGGAAGGUGAACGCCGAAAGUUAGCGGUUCUUCAGAGAGAAUUACAAGUUGCCCUUGCAGAAGGAGGAAGCGUGAAGGUUAAGGAGAAGCAGAGACAGGAGUUGCUGCACGCCAUAUCGAAAAUUCAAGGACAACAUGAACAGCUCGACAAGGAGUACAGAAUCCACGCCGCCGGUGUUCUCUUAUGCAACUCGAGGGCCUCGGGGAAGUACAUUCCACCUCAAGAGCCUUGGUACGAAUCAGCCUCCUAAGUGCAGGAUAAACUAUAAUUUGAAAACUAAACGUGCACAUGCCAGUUGUGGAAAACACGAGAUUAAAACGAAAACAAUAAACUGACCCAGUUUAUUUUAGCUGCCAUAACGCUAGCUGGUGCAAUUAAAUACACAACACAAAACGUAUUUAUUCUACUUCAUUUUUUUAAUUAUUAUUUGAAGAGAAACGCACAAAAUAGACAUCGGGGGUAUAUAAAACGAUGGGUAAACAAACCGUUGAGGAAAAAGACAGCGGAGGAGGAAAUAGUGAGCCGAAGAGGAAACAGAUCGGAUGAACGAAUAAACUAAAUAACGACGACUUCCGUAUCGACUCAUACUUUUCGUUCCUGCCUUCCUUUCCACCAUGCUACCCGUUUUUACUUUUCAUUCGUUUUUCUAUUUUCUUUCGUUACACGCCGCCUUUCGAUCCGUUCACCUCGUUCUCCCUUUCUUUCCUUUUCAUUCCCUUCACGUUCGACAAACGAGGUUGGGGGUGCAUUAGUGGUGUCCAAUUACAGAACCGCAGUGCACCCUGGCUCAGACACAUUACUUCAACGGAGAC